AUGGAAAGGAAGAAAAAGAACUUGUUAUUCGGAACUUUGACAGUCAUUGGAGCUGUUCUAAUUCAAAUAACUUUUGGUUACUUUUAUACAAUCGCGAAUAUGGUUCCGUAUAUUUUGAGUUAUAUUAAAGCUCGUGUUGACCCCAAUGUACAAAGUCAAUCAACUGUUUGGCUCUCAGCGCUUGCACUGGCAUCUCAAGGAUUAUCAAUGGCACUUGGUGGACUCUUGUAUCAAAAAGCUGGUUUCCGUGUGGUUGUAGGACUAGGAUGUUUACUACAUAGUGGAAGUGUUUUCUUAACAAAUAUUACAAUUCAAAGGACUUUCAUCGGUGUUAUUAUAACAUACUCAGUACUCAUGGGUUUGGGGCUUGGAUUUGCAUAUUCGGUAGUGAUGGGAGUAGCUGCGAAAUGGUUUCCAAAACGACGAUUUCUCAUUGUUGGUUUAGUUGUUGGUGGAUUUGGACUGGGAGCACUUGUUUUUACGCCCAUUCAGACAGUACUUAUCAAUCCGAACAACAUACCGGUGAAUCCCACUACAAAGCUAUUUGACGAUCCUGAGAUAUUAGAUAGAAUACCAAGAGCAUUUCUCAUCUUAGGCGGGAUUUUAAUUAGUGGGCAAAUAGUUGGUUUCCUCCUCAUGAGCGAGAAAAAACAAAAGGAUAAACCUGAUACUGCUAAAGUAAAUACUAACGUAAAUUUCCUCUGA